CGUGACAUUACGGUAAAUUUAUAGAUCCGUCGGAGUCUUGGUUGUUUGCAAACCCAAAGAGCACGGCAAUGUAAAUUUAUCAAGAGAAUAAUCGGACGACGUACCGAAAAUAGCGCAGCGGGAAACCCCAGAAGCUUCUUUCAACCACGCCGCUUCCUGACCUUCUCCAGGCUCAGCAGUGCUGGAGCCUCUGGCGUAUUUCAUCUUCUUCCUGAUCGAUUGUGACUCCUCUCUCCUCUCUCCCUCUGCUGAGGGAGCACUUCCCGUCUGUACUUCUGCUGUCCAGUACACCAAAGCAGGUGACUUCAGCACACACACUGCAAGACGCUCCUUUUUACACUUCCAGACUGUUGGAAUGGCUGCUAAACCUCAUCCACCUCUGAUGAAGAAACACAGUCAGACCGAUCUGGUGAGCCGACUCAAAACACGCAAGAUCCUGGGUGUCGGUGGAGAAGAUGAUGACGGAGAAGUGCAUAGGUCAAAGAUCAGUCAGAUGCUGGGGAAUGAGAUCAAGUUUGCGGUUCGAGAGCCUGUGGGACUGAGGUUAUGGAUCCUCUUCUCUGCUGUGGUUUUCACGGUCAUGGCCCUUAUGGCCCUAGCCUUCCCCAACCAGCUGUACGAAGUUGUAUUUGAUCAAGAACAAACAGCCACCAGUGUCUCUAUACGUCUCUAUGGAGGGGCCAUUCUCAGUCUCUCUCUGAUCAUGUGGAAUGGCUUGUACACAGCUGAGAAGGUUAUCAUCCAGUGGACGUUACUUAGCGAGGCCUGCUACUUUGCCAUCCAGUUUUUAGUGACCUCAGUCACUCUGGUCGAACUGGGCUCUUUACCAAAUGCUGCCAUCCUCCUCCUCCUCAGUCGCAUAUUCUUCCUCGCUGUCACGCUGUCCUACUACUACCAUCUGGGACGCCGGCCCAAGAAGAUCUAAGAGCCCCGCAAGCACCGUUUACCACACGCUCGGUGCUCGGGCAGCAGAGUGACGGCCCACUGGGCUGGAGUUUCCAUCAGAAGCUUUAAACAGCGACAAAACCAACAGCGUCAACCUGUUACCCGCAAAGGCGAAGCCGACCCCAGGGCUUUUAUUUUAAUUUCAGCAUAACACGCAACACAGGAGUUUGCCCUAGCGAGCAACCCCAUCUCUUUUUGUUUGUUUGUUUGUUUUUCUUCUCUUUUUUUUUAACGGCAGGCACUCACAAUGAAUUGCAUUUAUCUUUCGGAGUGUAGCCCUCCUCGUUCACCUUUAUCGCGUCAGGUAUAGCACACCGUAGCCGAGCCUGAGCUGCGGACGUAAUUGCCUGUGGCCGCGGUGUCGACAAAACUGUAAAUCACUUCAUGUAUUAACUCCAAUGAGCUCUAGUCGUGUGGCCGGUAAACGCUAGACGCAGGUCUCUCAGUAAAAACAUCGUUCCUGGCUGCUUUGUUUAGCAUCUCUGCUGUAUUACUAAACUAGGAACGACAUCGAACGACGGGAACACUUCUGAAAAACAUAGUUAUACUUUAUCGAUGACAGACGCAGCCUUUGUUCGGUUGGUUGGUGCGCGGACUGGUUUCAGGAUCUUCAUUUAACAACUAAUUAUAUUUCAGAUAGCCAAUAUCCAUUUUGUGUUUUCAUUUAAAUGUCAAGCGUAUAUGAAGAAGAAACACUUUUUUCGUUUAGCAAUGCCGCAGAACAUGGUUGCGUAGCACAAGGACACGUUUCGUUCAUUUUAACAAGCAAUGUAGCAGUAUUUCCCCUCGGUUUCCCCUAAUAUUGCCUUAAUAUGCUAAACUGCACAAGCGUUCCACAUGUCCGCACACUGCCAGGUGUUUGUGUUCUUCAGAUGAUCUGUACAUAAUUUUUUUUGUUGUUGUUGAUUUGCUAUUCUGCUUAUUUAUUGGCCUGAAAGUUCGUUUAGAUUUUUUUUUUUUUUUAAGGUUUGUGGAAUAACUUGCAUGUUUAUUGUCCGAGUUGUUCAGUCCAGAAAUGAUCCUGUAUAUGCCCUUGAUAACAAGUCGUCUUGUGCGCGUUCUGCUGAGACUAAACUGCAAAAUCCAAACGAGUUACACUUUUGCUGCCUCGUGUGCAUUCGCUGUUAUUUUAGACCGUGUCCAUUAGUGCAACAGUAACGGCUCCCGUCAAUGGCAUAACAGAAUCGGACACGCUUUCUAACUUUAGCGUAACGUGCAUAGUAGAUGUUGAAAAAAAAAAAAAAAAAAAAAAAAAAAAAAGUUGAUCGGCUAUAGGGAAAGAAAGAAAUGUUUUAGCGAGAACGUACGUGGUAAAUAUCCGUUAAAUGUCGCAUUUGAGGCUAUUUGGUUGUUUUCUUAUAUGAUAGAAAAAAAGUGUUUGUGUACAGUAUGUGGACAAAAGUAGCAGUUACUAUUUGCAGGGUUUAAUUAGGUUCACAUUUAACUCGGCUCGACUCCAAACCUCUGCUAUUCGUGGUUCAAAAUAGGUAAUAAAGAAGUUUAGAGGCUUUUUUUCCCCCCUCACUUGUCUCCUUGUAGUCUUUACAUUCAAAGAGCUCGUAGUAUUAAUCAUAGUAAAAACUUUCCUAUAGACAUUAUUUCUUUGACAGAAGCAAAUCAUUCCUAACUAGUAAUUCAGCACAGGCACGGCUGUUACUGUACGUUCUGUUCUCCAUUAAAAAGCAAGCUCUCGUCCCUCUUAACGCUCGUCCGGUUAAAUAUGGUGAUGGCAAAUGCCAAAAAUGAAUCAUGUGUUAGUCACGUCUCCUGAUGAGAAUUGCGUUGCCGUGCAAUUAGAAAUAAUAUCCAGUUAGUGGCUUCAGCUGUCUGCCGAUGGUAUACAGAAUGCCUCUGAAGGGACGUUAACGUACUUUUUAAAUGUGUGUGUAAAUAUUUUAUUGAAAGAUGUUAUUGUUACGGACCUGCAUCAUUAUCUUUUUGGAAUAAAGAAAAUGUACAUUUAUUGCAA